AGAGUAUUUAUUAAUUUUGGUUUCUUCAACAAAAAUCAAAUCUUUUUAUCUGGGGUCUCCUUACAAUUACUUCUUACUAAUUGGUUCUCUUUUAAAAUCAAGUCUUCAAUUUUGGCUUGUUUACAGAAUUAUAUUUUGGUAUUUCAUCCAGAUAAUCUUACCUAAGAGAUAGUGUGGUUGGCGUGCAUCGAAGUUUGAUUAUUUUUUAAUUUAGCAGCUGCAGGAAAUGGUCAAAAGGAACGGUGAUGGAGUUUGUUGAUGUACCACAAGUACGAUGUCUCAGUGUUUAGAGGGGGUCAAGCAUAUACUUGCCUCCCUACUCCGUUGCUGUGAUCUUGAAUCAUACAAACAAACUACCGCACUUGAAGAUCCUGAAAUUCUAGCCCGAGAGACAGUUUUUAGUGUAAGCGAAAUAGAAGCACUUUAUGAGUUGUUUAAGAAAAUUAGCAGUGCCGUGAUUGACGACGGACUAAUUAAUAAGGAAGAGUUCCAGUUGGCAUUAUUCAAGACAAACAAAAAGGAGAGCCUGUUCGCUGAUCGGGUGUUCGAUCUCUUUGACACCAAGCAUAAUGGAAUCCUGGGGUUCGAAGAGUUUGCUCGUGCACUGUCAGUAUUUCAUCCAAAUGCCCCCGUCGAUGAUAAGAUCGAGUUUUCCUUUCAACUUUAUGAUCUCAAGCAUCAAGGUUAUAUAGAGAGGCAAGAGGUGAAGCAAAUGGUGGUGGCAACGCUUGCUGAAUCUGGCAUGAAUCUUACUGAUGAUGUCAUUGAGAGUAUCAUUGAUAAGACCUUUGAAGAAGCUGAUACAAAACAUGAUGGGAAGAUUGACAAAGAAGAAUGGAGAACCCUUGUGUUGCAACAUACUUCCCUAUUGAAGAAUAUGACCCUCCAGUACCUCAAGGACAUCACAACAACAUUUCCGAGCUUUGUUUUUCACUCAAGAGUUGAGGAUACUUGAUACGUUCUGGCCAGAUGAAGCUAUACCAGCAGGAUGUACCUGAGUUUGUUUAUGAAUGUAUUUUUGCGGUUUUGUUUUGAUAAAUUUUGGUUUGAUCACUUUUUUGAGCUAAGCGAACAUCAGUAUUUGUAGCUUUUUUUCUUUUUCUGCAAGCCAAUGUUUGUAGAGAUUUAUUAGACAUGAGUUAUGCAUAUCAGAAUUGCACAGGAAA